AUAAUUUUAAAUCAGUUUGUUUGAGAAACUGUAAACAUGAAGACAAAGUUCCUGUUUAGAGUUUUCGGGGUUUUAAUAGUUUUGCAAAUAUGUGACGGAAGACGAUAUGGUGGUGGUUCCUCUUCGAGAUCUAGAACAUCUUAUUCGUCUCACUCUUCGCCUUCUAGACCUUCCUAUCAAUCGUACGCAUCGCCUUCUAGACCGUCUUACAUCUCACAUCCAUCACCUUCUAUACCAUCACCUCCAUCGCACUCAAGACCUUCUUAUCCUUCGUACAACCACCCGUCACCCAACAGCGGUACCAACACGCACGCAAAUACAAACAGUAAGCCCAUAGGAUGGAACACGCAUGAAAGUCAACCGGCUGGACCGCCCAAAACCAACUUGCCGACCCAACAAAAUUCCGGCAGCAGAACCCACGACAGCGUGUUGCCGGUGGCCACGCAGCAGAAAACUUCGGGUCUCGGGAACGCACCCCAAGGCCCCCCAAUACAACCCGGCUACACCCAGGGCACGGCCAAUCAACCCCCGCCGUACAACGCUGCAGGGCAUUAUCCGCAGCAGCAGCAGUAUCCGCCCGCUUAUCCCGGUCACGCAUACCCGCCCGCUUAUCCGGGUCACGGAUACCCGCCGGCGUACCCGGGUCACGCUUACCCGCCGCCGGGUUACCCGGGACACUACCCGCAAGGAGGAGGGACCACCAUAAUAAACAACAACAACAUCGUGGGCGGCGGGGGCGGGUAUGGCGGUGGUUACCCCUCGUACCACUACCAAAGCAGCGACACCGGAAGCGGUACUUUAGGGUUUUUCCUCGGUUACUCUCUGGCCAAAAUAACCACUCCGACCUACCAUUACUCGUCGAAUUCCUACGACGGAUACAGACCGCGUUACGAUCACUACGAAGUGCACCAUUACUACCACGACAACAACGUCACGGUGAUCGAAAAGGAGAGGGUUAUACAAUCGAACACCAUCAUGGGUUGCGUGGGUGACAGCGGUAGCAUCUGCCCCGCCAACACGACCUCCCUGUGCACCAAUACGGGCGCCAUUAUGUGCGUAACUAGCGCCACAUCCGCCACAGCCUGCAAAGACGUCAAAGACGCGAACUGCAUCAAGAGUACGGUGCCUUGCGUCGACAAAAAUGCGCCCGGUUGCAAGGACAACCCGCAAAACACCACCACGGUGAACAUCCCCUGCAUAUCCACGGCCAAGAUCUACGGUAACAUAACCUACGUCAACAACACCAUCGUAGUGGAAAAUGCCAACGCGACCAUGAAUGUAACGAGUAACAACUCCACAAUGUCGAGUAACGCGACUGAAACGACUACCCCAGCGCCAGCUACAACACCCCCUCCAAACGUGAAACCCGAAGAGUUUUGCGUUACAAUAUUGGCACUACCUGCAGUAAGAAAAGUUACGGAAGGUGAAAAAGUCUACAAUGAAAUAGAAAGUACAGUGACAAAUUUCCUGGGCAAAUCCCUUGGUACUUCUUAAGUACCUAUAGUAUAUAAUAAAUACUGUGAUUGUAUUUUAAAA